AUGACAAAAGACAAACACAGGUCUUCAGCAUCUAAAACUAGGAUCCUCCUCCUCUUCCUCAACCCCCUUUGUCCCUACCCCCCCUCCCCGCUUCCCUGUCCCCUCAUCCCUCCCCCCCCUUACCCCAGCCCUCUCCCCGUCCCCCUCCUCCCCUCCUCCGCCUCGCCCCACCGGCUUCCCACCACGGCCUCUCUCGGCGAGGAAACUCUGGCCUCCGCUUCCUCCUCCUCCGACUCGGACACCGGCGGAGCCUCCCCGCCCCCGCGGAAGAAACCCCGAGCCUCGGCGGCGGAGGGAGCAGGAGAGCCCGGGGCUUCGACAGGCAGAGCAGGCCUCUCCCCCCCGUCCUCGUCGUCGUCGUCGUCGUCCUCUUCUUCCUCCACCUCCUCCUCCUCCUCCUCUUCUUCCUCCUCCUCCUCCUCCGUGGUGGUAGUGGUGGGACUCCCCGCGGCUGCUGCCCCUCCUGCCGCCGCUGCCGCCCCCCACCGCAGUAGCGGCCACAGCCUGGUCAGCGGCAGCAUCAUGCAGGCCAACGGGGCAGGAGGAGGAGGAGGAGGAGGCGGCGGUGGUGGUGGCGGCGGCGGCGGCGGCGGCGGAGGAGGAGGAGGAGGUGGCGGCGGCGGCGGCGGCGGUGGCGGCGGUGGUGGUGGGGGCCAGGGACAGACCCAGGAACUCGCCUGCCUUUCGGCUCAGAACGGGGAGUCGUCCCCCUCGUCGACUUCGUCCGGGGGGGAUCUGGCCCACGCCAAUGGGCUCCUGCCCUCUGCCCCCUCCGCCGCCAGCAACAAUAGCAACAGCCUGAAUGUCAAUAACGGGGUUCCCGGAGGGGCGGCCUCCGCCUCGUCCGCUGUCGCCACGGCCACCUCGGCCACCACGGCCGCGUCUUCCUCGGCUGUGGCCGCCUCUGAGCUGGGCAGUAGCCUGAAGAAGAAGAAGAGACUCUCCCAGUCAGAUGAGGAUGUGAUUAGGUUAAUAGGACAGCACUUGCAUGGCUUAGGGCUCAACCAGACAGUUGAUCUCCUCAUGCAAGAGUCAGGAUGUCGUUUAGAACAUCCUUCUGCUACCAAAUUCCGAAAUCAUGUCAUGGAAGGAGACUGGGAUAAGGCGGAAAACGACCUGAAUGAACUUAAGUCUUUAGUGCAUUCUCCUCAUGCUAUUGUGGUAAGAGGCGCACUUGAAAUCUCUCAAACGUUGUUGGGAAUAAUUGUGAGGAUGAAGUUUUUGCUGCUGCAGCAGAAGUACCUGGAAUACCUGGAGGAUGGCAAGGUCCUGGAGGCACUUCAAGUUCUACGCUGCGAAUUGACGCCCUUGAAAUAUAAUACAGAGCGAAUUCAUGUCCUCAGUGGGUAUCUGAUGUGUAGCCAUGCAGAAGACUUACGUGCAAAAGCAGAAUGGGAAGGCAAAGGAACAGCUUCUCGAUCUAAACUUUUGGACAAACUCCAGACCUAUUUGCCACCAUCAGUGAUGCUUCCCCCAAGGCGUUUACAGACUCUGCUACGUCAAGCUGUGGAGCUACAGAGGGAUCGGUGCCUAUAUCACAAUACCAAACUUGAUAAUAAUCUAGAUUCUGUGUCGCUGCUUAUAGAUCAUGUUUGUAGUAGGAAACAAUUCCCAUGUUAUACACAACAGAUACUUACAGAACACUGUAAUGAAGUGUGGUUCUGUAAGUUUUCUAACGAUGGCACUAAACUAGCAACAGGAUCAAAGGAUACAACUGUUAUAAUAUGGCAAGUUGAUCCAGAUACACACCAGCUAAAAUUGCUUAAAACAUUAGAAGGGCAUGCUUAUGGUGUUUCUUAUAUUGCGUGGAGUCCAGAUGACAAUUAUCUUGUUGCUUGUGGCCCAGAUGACUGCUCUGAGCUUUGGCUCUGGAAUGUACAAACAGGGGAGCUGAGGACAAAGAUGAGCCAGUCUCAUGAAGACAGUUUAACAAGUGUGGCUUGGAAUCCAGAUGGGAAACGCUUUGUAACUGGAGGGCAGCGUGGACAGUUCUACCAGUGUGAUUUAGAUGGUAAUCUCCUUGAUUCCUGGGAAGGGGUAAGAGUGCAAUGCCUUUGGUGCUUAAGUGAUGGAAAGACUGUUUUGGCAUCAGAUACACACCAGCGAAUUCGGGGCUACAACUUCGAGGACCUUACAGAUAGGAACAUAGUACAAGAAGAUCACCCUAUUAUGUCUUUUACUAUUUCAAAAAAUGGCCGAUUAGCUUUGUUAAAUGUAGCAACUCAGGGAGUUCAUUUAUGGGACUUACAAGACAGAGUUUUAGUGAGAAAGUAUCAAGGUGUUACACAAGGAUUUUACACAAUUCACUCAUGUUUUGGAGGCCAUAAUGAAGACUUCAUCGCUAGUGGCAGUGAAGAUCACAAAGUAUACAUCUGGCACAAACGUAGUGAGCUGCCAAUUGCAGAGCUAACAGGACACACACGCACAGUUAACUGUGUGAGCUGGAACCCACAGAUUCCAUCUAUGAUGGCCAGUGCCUCAGAUGAUGGCACCGUUAGAAUAUGGGGACCAGCACCUUUUGUAGACAACCAGGAUAUUGAAGAGGAAUGCAGUAGCAUGGAUAGUUGAUGGCGAAUUCGGAGCAGACGACUUCUGUUUAACUUAAAAUUAGUCGUAUUUUAAAUGGCUUGGGAUUUGGUGCAAACAAACAUGAUUGAUAGCUGGACAGACAUGCUCGUCAUGAAAAAAAAAAAGAACCAUUUCUGAAGCCCGAUCGGGGCCAAACAUUUACCACCUUGCUUCAUAGUAACCAGUUGAGAUGAAGCACGUCGUUAGAACGUUGUUGGACACCGUGUUGAAUUACCCCCCCAUCGGUUGUGAAGAACUGUGCUACAUUCAGGCUACCCAUUGAACUCAGUAUAUAUAUUUUUUUCCUUCCUGCCUUUUUGUCUGGCGGGCUACCAUUCUUGUUGCUCUUCUGUGUAAUGAAGUUUAAAUGCUUGUUUGGAAAACUUUAUUUAACAGUUUAGAAGGCUUGAUAGAAAGAGUGCUUUAGUCUGAAGAGUAUACGUUGGAUAGGAAAGUUAUUUCCUUCUCUUGUUUCUCUAAAUCUCUCCGCCUUAUUUAGCUUGAGAUCUUUGCAGCUUGGUUCAUGGAUUCUAGCCUUGCCCGUUGCGCAGUAUAUACUGAUCCAGAUGAUAAACCAGUGAACUAUGUCAAAAGCACUCUCAAUAUCACAUUUGACAAAAAGUUUUGUACUUUUCACAUAGCUCGUUGCCCCGUAAAGGGUUAACAGCACAAUUUUUUUUAAAUAAAUUAAGAAGUAUUUAUAGGAUUAAAGUGACUUCAUUUGUAUACAUUUGGAACUUAAACCAGCUUAAAAACAGUGUCAUCUAUGACAUAGAUAUGCAGUAUAACUGAUGAUCUUCUGGAGUACCAUACAAGACAUGGUCAGAAACAGUGCUCAGAAGGACUUUACACAGGCAAUUAAGAGUAAAUUUUUUGAGGUCUUUUGUUUUUGUUCUUCAGCCAUCACUCAUCUUAAAGAUACUUAAUAAAAAUAACUUCUAGAUACACAGUAUGAUAGAAUAGAACAAAGGUCAAUUUAGGAUUUCUCCAAAGUUUAUCCAAGUUUUUCAUGAAAUUGGAAAUCAAAAGAAAUAGGAAAGAAUAGAAACCUAGAGAAAUGUUACAAUCUUGGCUACAUUUUUUUUAAAUCUCAAAAGUAAGAGGACCGUAUCCAGAUUAUAAUGCACAUAUUGAGCUUAUAAACAUCCAUUUUUCCCUAUAUUACACAUUUUUCCUUAAUAUUUUGAUUGACAGAUUUAAAGAAUAUCCCUUUUAAGUUGAUGUUAUAAAUAUUGCCAUACUGGACCUCAUUUCUAAACUGGUGCUGUGGAUAGAUUUCUUUUCUGGUUUUUGUUUUUAAAUAUAAGGAAUGGUUUCCUUUGUAAAAAGAAAAAAAAAAGCACUUUUAUUUUGAAUAUUUUACACUUCUGAAAAUAAGCCAAGAGCCUGAUGUUCGUGUUGUGCUUUUUACCCCAUCACAGUUGAAUAUGGCACACUUGGUCUCCCUUGAAAUUCCCUUUUUCAGGUAAAGGAACAGGAUAGAUAGGGCAGACCACCGCUUUUGGAUAGGGGAAAAGGUAUCAGGAUGAACCCAAAGCGAAAGAUCAUGAUCAGUAGAAGUCUUGAGAACUGGAGUUUCAGUUCCUUUUAGGACCAGUCAUCUACACUAUAUUUAACUACUGUGGAUAGACUUCUCCAGAAUCCACAUGGGGAAGGAAAAGGCAUGGGUGGCUUGGAUAUCACGGAUUCUUCCAUUAUUUGGGGGGGAGGAGGGUGACUUGGUUUGUGGGAGGAAUAAUAUGGGAGGUAGGGUGGGGGAAGAGAGAGAAACACAAAUUGGCCUUAAAAUAACAUAGAUUCUCCCCAAAGCUUGCAGUAAGAGAAAUUAAUAGAUCGUGGUCAACAGAUUAUUUAUCAAAUUGGUAUAUAACCUUAAAGAUUUUCAUAGUGUCUUUACUCUCCAUUUUGCAGAGAUCGCCACUUAGAGAAUCAAAGAAAUCCUGUCUGUUUUGAUACUUCUGAGUUAGAAUAAGAACUAUAUGUUACACCUUAUCUGGUACUUCAUUUUUCUUAACUAAAAUUACUUUUUACUUUAAGCUUGAAUAAAAAUCUAUUGGUAACUGUAUAUAACUAAGUGGCAACUUCUCUUUACCUCAGUACAGUUCAGACCAUUCAUAUUUUAAGUGAUUUGUGUAUACCCUGAAGCCGUUAAUACACCCUAGUCUCUGCAGUAACAUCUCUAGUAAAUUAUGAGCUGUAGAAAUUCCACAGCUGUUUACAAGUUUGGUUACAAGAGUGCUGUGGGUACAUUUGUAACACUGAAAUUCAUGCCCAUUCAAGAGGCAAUCUGGAUGGAACUAAAAAUCCCUCUCUAUUUUGACCAGCCCCGCCUACAUAAUUCGUGAGUUUUCAAAGUGCACUUUUAAAGUACAGUACAGUAAGAAUGCUUCAAAAAUGGAGUAGAUAUGAGGCACAUUUUCCAGGAAUAUAGCUCCAUUGAAGUGGAGCAACACAACUAUGCAAAGGUUUCUAUAGCAGCUAGGUGAGUUCAUUUUCCAAGUUUAUUGUCUUACUGACAGUUUCCUGUACUCUCCGGUACUUUGCUGUGCCAAUUUACUGUUAACAUCUGUUUCUUACAUAUACCAGUUAGUAACUGUGAUAGAAAGGUCAAAUUUGUAUGGGGAGGCAAUCUAGGAUUUUAUGGUACUUAAAACCCUGCUGGCAGAAUAAUCAGUAAGUCCACAGACGGUAAUUGCAAACUUCUGAUAACUGCUGUAGAAUAUAUAAGAUAAAGAAAGCAAGUUCAAUUUCUAGCAAGCCAACCACAAGAUAGUAGUAAAUAUGUGAACUGAAAAGUACCAAUACUUUUUGCACAUAUGAAAAUGGAGAUUUUGACUUAACAAAAAGGUUAGUAGGCGCAUCUGCAACAGAUUAAUUUCCAUGUGCUUAAAAAUGUUUCUAGUCUGGUAUUUUUAAGGGCCAGAGCAAGGAUGAUUCUUAUUCCCAUAUAAUUUGUUGUUAAUAUAAAAUACUCAAAUUUUAGGGUUGUAGAGGUUUGGUGGGGUAGAUUUGGGGUAAUGGGAUAUUCAGAAUCAGUUUUAUUUCUUAUUUUAAUAGUUUAUGAUAAAAGUCAUGGCAACUACAUUUAUGUUCUCAUUGGCGAGGUAAAUUCUGAAUUACACUGAAUAAGGUAAGUAGUUUAAAGGUGGAGCACAACUUCAUUUGGGGCUAUGAUCAUAAAUUAUUGGCUAGCCAGCGGGAAGUGAAUUCCCUAGUUUUUAAAUACACAUGAUAAAUAUUUGAAGAAAGCUGCUAUUAAACCAUUAAGCUCAAAUUUAAACCAUCCAAUUCAUCUGAAAUACACACAUAAUGUUUAAGUGAUUUGCUAUUAGGAGUGUUUUGCCUCUAGUGGCAUUUCAUGACAUUAAUAGAAAAUUCUUCUUUCCCACCCCCUCCCCAUCUUGAAAUUUUCUUUUUUAGGAUGUUGGUUCCUGCAAACCAGAACUGACCUUACCACCUCUGCCUCACAGUGGGUAAAUGUAUGGUACAGCUUUUGAUACACUGAAGGGAAAAAUAUCCAUGUCAUAUCUUUCACAGCAGAAGAAUGGCUGAUUUUGAAUGGGGAGAAAGAAGACAUUUUUCUUAAUAUCCUUUAUUGCCCCAACUCCAAAAUGUAUAAAAUAUGCAUUUGAUUUAUUUGGGUUUGUUUCUACAAUUUAAACUAGUAGCAGCUCAUUUUUUUGUUUCCCCCUUCAAAAAUUGAGUAUCUGAGUAUCUUAGUAACAAUGUUAUUUAAUAGGAACUGCUACUUUUUUUAAAAAGAGGCAAAAUUUCAUUAACACUUAGAUGCUUUCUAAAAAUAGGAUAGUAAUUGAAAAUUUUCAGUGGUGUUAAGCUAUUAUUAUAGUAGCUAUCCUCUAGUCACUAAAAUAAAACUAAAUCCCAUUUCCUACCUUCAUAGUCCAGAUUAUCUGGAUUCAUUGAGACAGAUAGUUGAAGGAGUAUAAAAAGUGUGUAUGUAUGUGUGUACGCAUGUAUGUGUGUCUUGUGUGCAUGUGUGAGAGAGAAAAAUAGAGAGGAAUAUGUAAGUCAUGGAACCAGCUGUUCUAGGUACUUGUCAUGUUUUAUUAAAAACUUUUCAAGUCUUGUGUGUAUGUGAAGUGCCCUCUCUGACAUUAAGGUUUGGUUAAUACUAGUAUAUUUUUAUAAGCUUGAAAUUAAAUGUGCCCCAUCUUUUACUUAAGCAUUUUCAUUAUUAGGGCAAAUGUGCUAGAAUUGAAUCUUAACAUUUUUAGGCACAGAUGGAAAAAAAGUUAUUGGCUCCUUGAAAAUGUAUGGGGAAAAAAAAUGGAUCCACAAAGCAUGUAUGUACUUACAAACCAAGCUGUAGAGAUCAAGAAAAGAACUUUAUUGUUGAUCCCAAGAUUUCUAAAUUGUCAAGAGUUUUAUGAAGUUGUGGUGGAACUAGUUAACACUUAGAGCUUUGGGUAUGUAAUGACUAUUUGCUAUGGACUGAUUAAAUGUUUCAAAGGAUUGAGUUCUUAAAUUUUCUGGUUUUUUGUUUUGUUUUGUUAUUUUCCUCAGAUUAUAUUUAGCAGUUUAAAUUUUCUUUGCUAUAUUAAAGCAUAAGAGCUUUGGGUCUCUAUUUAUUUUCACUUGUUUUACUAAUUAUUUACAGGACACCCUAUGUUAACUUUUUUUAUUUUAUAAAUGUGUAGUAUAUUAAACAUAUCUUUAAAAGACUUUUUGUUCAAUUGAAACAUUAACUUUUGAUUUGUUUUACUAGGGUUUUUAAAAAAAAAUUACACUUUUUCCAUGUCAGUGCACAGCACUUAACAAAUUGUUUGUAUUCCCUUUCUUUCAAUUCAAUAAACAGAAUGAAUAACUGAA